AUGGGAGGGGCUUGCAUGAUGGCGAAUUUUAAAGGAAGCAAUAAUCAAGAAGGUUUCAAUGAUCUAACUGACAUAUAUCGACUAUGCUGACCGAACGGAGAAAUUUUCUUUAAGUUAUUCUUAAUAAUUAUUUGAAUAAUAUAAUAGAUUAUAAUUUAAUAGACUUAUUAUGGGGGUGGGGAUGGCUUGCAUGGCGAAUUUUAAAGGAAGCAAUAAUGAAGAAGAUUUCAAUGAUUUAAACUGAUAUAUAUCGACUAUGCUGACCGAAUGGAGAAAUUUUCUUCAAGAUAGAAUUUUUUGAAUCUCAAGCACUGCUUGAAAAGGUAUAUAAAGCAAUAAACCAUUGAAAUAGAGUGAAUUUCCCUCAUUGUGUAUUCAAACUGGCAUCAAGUCAAUCUUAUUGGGUUACUUCUAUACAAAAUAAUAGUGGAGGAAACCCUGAAGCUGAUAUUGGAUGCUUGCAUAUUCAAGAUCAAGUAAUAAGUCUCCCAGAGUUCUACCCUGAUGGAUCAGAAGUGCUAGAGGAGUGUAUUUUACAUGAAAUGAUGCAUUGUGCAGGAUUUAUACAUGAACAUCAAAGAAAUGAUAGAGAUGAGCACUUAAAAGUAGAAGAAGAGGGAUUCGAUUAUGAUGUUAAAGGAAUUCCAAUUGGCGGAUAUGAUUAUUUUUCGUUGAUGCACUAUCCUGAGUGUGGGUUAUCUUUUGAUAGGAAUAAAGAACUGAGAAAGAUAGCUGGUAGAGCAACAACGUUUUCUGCAGGAGAUAGAGCUGCAAUAAAGAUGCUAUAUGGAAACCCAAGAGAUCAUCACGGAGAGUGGCACAACCCAUGCUCUGAAAUUUGUACCCCUACUAAAUGUGUUUGCAACUCAUGUGGAAAAAUAGAAGGAGGGACAAAUUGCGGUUAUGAAGGGAUGAAUGGACAUUGAACUUGCUGUUUAAGUGAAAUUAAGGAAAGUGAGUGCAAAUCAGAUCAUACAGGCUUUUGACAUGCUCGAUGCAAAAGAAUUACGCCAUUUGAGAAGUUUAUUUAUUUAUUAAUCGCGAAAGAUAAAAUCUGCACAGAAAGCCAUUGCGGUUGUGGAAAUUGUGGAGGGGGCUGCACAUAUGAAGGAAAAUUUGGGCAUUGGAGCUGCUGCAAUUUUACGAGACAUGAGAGCAGCUGUCCAAUUUUUUCAAAACUAGAAUUAGCGCACCAAUAUGAUUUGAAAAUAAUGAAAGGAAAUACAUUGCCAGCACUCUCUUAUAAUUAA